AUGGCGUUCUCAGAAUGGCUGCUACACGAAACUAGUCUUCACAGCUUGCUCACACAUGGCUCACGCGACAUCUAUAUCAUCCUGCUCUCGCGAUUCCUGCGCAUGUUUGCCUAUGGAGGUGCUGCUCUAGUCCUCGGCAUCUUCCUGUACACUGCUGGGAACAAUGGCGUCCAGAUUGGAACCUUCAUGACCAUGACCCUGCUUGGCGAUGCCGUUAUCAGCUACACCUUGACAAUGAUGGCAGAUAAGAUUGGCCGGCGGAGGGUGCUGCGUAUAGGAAGCAUGCUGAUGGUGUUCGCGGGCACGGUGUUCGCUUUCAGUAAGAACUAUUACAUGCUACUUGUCGCUGCGAUCUUUGGCGUGAUUACGCCAGGUGCGCACGAGGUUGGGCCGUUUAGAGCUGUAGAGGAGUCGACCCUCGCUCAGCUGACUCCCCUAGAUGCACGAACGGACGUCUACGCAUGGUUUGCUGUCACCUCAACACUUGGGAUGUCACUGGGCCUCUGCAUUAGUGGCUGGAUCACUUACGCUCUGCGUACGUACGCAGGCUGGGACUGGAAGAGAGGUUAUCCAGUGAUAUUCGGCUUGUACGCCAUCAUAGGGGCAAUCAAGAUAAUCUUGACAUUUGCUCUCAGUGAGAACUGCGAGCAAAACUACGAUCGGCAGACCGAGAUGGACGUCGAGGACCAGCAGGCUUCUGCUCCUUUGAUGACAGAACACAAUCGAAGACAGUCCUACACGAAACCUGUCGCUGCCACUAUCCGCCGAAUGAGCGCCACUGUGAGCACGAAGAUGUCACCAGAGAGUCGGAAGAUUCUUAUCAAGCUAAGUAUACUAUUUGCGGUCAACUCCUUCGCCAGUGGCAUGCUGCCUGUGACUCUCAUGUCAUGGUAUGCGAACUGGCGAUACAGGUGGUUCUUGACACACCGUAUCGGCUACACGAUGGCAGCUGUCUGGUUGGCCGCUAGUGUCGCCAACCUGUUCUCGGCCAGCGUGGCCCGCAGGCUCGGACUCAUCCGAGCCAUGGUCUUCACGCAUCUACCCAACGCAAUCUUCCUGGCUUUCAUCCCGCUGGCGCCAAAUUGGUGGCUCAUGGCGUUGCUACUGCUUGCCAGCUCUGCAUUUGGCAGUAUGGACCAAGCACCACGAUCAGCAUUCGUUGCAGCUGUCUUCCUUCCUUCUGAAAGGACUGCGGUGAUGGGAACGCUCAAUCUCGUUCGAACUGUGGCCUCUGCUGGCGGACCAAUGCUUACAGGGUACUUCCAUGAGAAGAAGAUGUGGGGAGCUGUGUUUGUCAUCUCUGCUGUCCUGAAAAUUGCGUAUGACGGUGGUCUGCUGGCCAUGUUCCUUAAUACAAAGCUCCCGGAGUCACAGCGAAGGACGUCUCAUCGGACGGUGGCAGAUGUGGAUGUGGGUAUACUACUCAACGAGACACAUGGUCUCGCCCCACCGGAGAUGUUUGAGCAGCUUGAUACGGAAGAUCUUGAUCAUGAUCCCAGGGAAUCCAGAAAGGCGGAUUAUGAGUACAUACAGGAAGUCUAA